AUGUUAGAAGGUUGUUGUGGUGUUGACCGGUCAUUUUCGACUGGUGGCAGCGGUUUCCGAUUAGUGGCGGUGGUUUUCAGCUGGUGGCAGUGGUUUCCAACAGUUGGUGGUGGUGGUUAUUCAUAUAUUUCCAGCAGGGUCGACGGUGAUAAGAAGGUCGUCGGACCUGUUCUACUUAAAGAUGCAUCUCUGAUAAGGAGGUCAUCGGAUUUACAGCUAGAGGAAGAAGAAGAUGCAGGAAUGUGCGGUGGCGGUAAUCACGAUCACGGCGGAUGUAGAUACGAAGCUGCGUUCCACGCCUUUCAGAUGCAAAAGCAGAAGCUACAUACCCCGUCAGCGAUGGCGACGACAGAUGUUAAGCGAGAUGGUCUAAGACGAUAUUCCAGCGAGAUGCAGCCGGAAACGAAGGAUCGGAAGCGAAUCAGGGAACUGGAGAAGGCGGAGAAGGUGCUCCACUUGAUUUUGUGGGGACCUAACUCCUAA